GUUAGCAUGGUACCAAGGUACCGACCGUCUCUUUGGGUCAAACCAUCUUAAAAAGCCCUAGACCAGCACAUCUUCGACAAUCUGCAACGUCUUCUCUCCCGGCGUCUCCUCCCAUUUCUCUCUCCCGUCCGCCAACUUAGGUAAAUCUUCAUAAAAAUUUCUUCAAUUCUUUCAUACAUUUGUUUCCAUUCAUCAAUUUCUUUGUAUACUAUCUUCAAUUCAUCAAUUUGGUAUCAAAUUUCCCAUUUUUUCCCAAAAAAAUAUCAUUUUCUCAAUUCACCCAAAAUGAGCGAAAUUGUUUCCAAUGUUAAACCUGAUGCUCAACUUGAUGUUCAAGACGGGUUCAAGGCUUACGCUGACCCACAUAUCAUUGAAGGGAGAACUCUAAAACAAGAUGACAUCCUGGUUUCCGUUCAUGAACUUAUUCACGAACAAGGUUGGAGUUUCUUUCUUCAAAUCCAAGCCCCCGUGUACCCGGAACUUGUUCAUCAAUUUUAUUCCUUAAUGAGAAACCAUAGGCAAGAUCCUUCCAUUACCGCUGUUGUUUCCGGCAAAACCUUCGGAUUCAACACUCAAAACCUUUCAGAAUGGUUUCACCUAGAGCGUCAAAGAGUCUCCUCCUGUUGGAAAAAGGGAUGGAUUUCCGAUUCCCAAGACUUUAACUCCGAUUUUUGCCUACGUGUUCUCAACAAUAUUGCUCUUGACCAUGUUUUUGAGGACCCGGACUAUUUUCUUCGUCGGCCCAACGUCCAAGACUUGACCGCAAAUCGGUUCAUUCUCCUAAAAAUCCUCAAAGAAAAUGUCAUUACCGUCCUUAACAAGGAUAAACAAGUCGGGAUUUAUGAAUGCACUCUCCUAUACCUCCUCCUCACACACAAGAAAAUCAAUCUCCCUUCUAUCAUCAUUCAACAAAUGUACGAGUGCUCCGGUCGCCAAAACAAACCUUAUGGCAUGCUUCUUACCCACAUCUUUGCCAAACGAGGCAUUCUUGAGGUGCGCCCCUUCCGCGUCCGCUUUCUUGACGCGGAACGCCUUGGGGAGGUGAGGCUUCCGUGCACCUACUACAGUGGGCCCGUUCAGGAACCUUUGGGAUCCAACGGGUUGUCAUCGGGUGGGCUUUGUAGAAUGAGCCAAGCAGCAGGCAAUGACGGAAAGGCUGUCCCACAUGGGGAGCCUGAGCACGUGAGCGUGCACAUGGAAGCGUCAAGCUUCACACCCCAGCAGGCAGCCCCGGGCGCGGGCCCUGUUCCGGAAGUCGUUCCCAUCAUCCAGCCACAGUUCGCGGCUAAUUUCAUGAAUUUCCUCCAGCAAAUGGCUGGAGCAUAUGUUCCACCACCGCCACCACUAGUGGUUGUAGUCACCAUCGAGAAGCUCCGGAAGAAUGGAGCUGAGGAAUUCCUAGGCGAUCAGAUCGCCGACACCAUGAUCUCCAAGCGAUGGUUUGAGCAAACCAUCCUUGUUUUGGGAAACAUGAGGGUUUCACAGGACCAGCGCGGCGACCUCGCAGUCGCAUUACUCCAGGAUUCAGCCUAUGACUGGUGGAAACGCGUGGGAGUAGACGUCCCUGAGCCCGUGCAGUGGACCACAUUUGAGCAACUCUUCCAUGAAGAGUACAUUCCAGAGCACUUCGUCGAGGCGAAGCGAGAUGAGUUCCUGAAGUCCACCAAGGGCGAACUCAGACUACCCGAGUAUCCUCAUUUGAUCAUUGCUCCUCGGGGUGACAUCAACGCGUUGUUCAAAAAUGUGUUGGACUUGAAUGCGGCCCUCAUCAAGAAAGCCGAGUACGAGCAAUCGUUUGAGGUUUCAGCAACACCAUCUCGUCCUCCUCCACCUCAGAAGGCAGGGACCAGUAGCAAAAGAAGAAGGGAAAAAGCGGAGAUGGGUAUCGCUACCCGAUCUGCAACCUUUGUGGACGCAGGCAUCCAGGAGAGUGUUGGAACUCAGGGCCUAUGCCUUGGGUGUGGUCAGGCUGGGCAUUUCCGCAAGGAGUGUUCGAAGAAUCCGGGUGAGCUGUUUCCAUCUGCACCAGCUACCUCAGCUCCAGCAGCGCAGCCUGCCCAGAGUCAGAAGUCUGUGGCAGCAUCGAGUCAGCCCAAGUGGCAAGAUUCUGGCAGCCAGGCGGGGAAGGCCCCGGCCCGUACUUACGCGAUGCGAGGGCGUACUGAGCAGCCAGCUCAUGACGUCAUCAUGGGUAUUUUCACCUUAUUCGAUACAUCCAUCACAGCAUUGAUUGAUCCGUGUUCUAUUUUAUCAUAUGUUUGUAUGCCUAUGCCUGUUGUGCCUAACAUUCCAAAGGAAGACUUGGAUGAUCUGAUAAUCCUCACUGCCAACCAAGUCGUUGUUGAUUGCGGAGCACAUACUGUUCGGCUGAGAGCCAAAGACGGUAGCGACAUUCUGAUCCGUGAUGAGCUUCUUCCGAAAGCUCCUGAAUUCAUUUCCUACAUUCAUGCUCGCCGACUCAUUCGCAAAAAGCACGAGGCAUUCCUGUGCACAGUGCGUGACACUCGUCAGGAGGCACCUUAUAGGGAAGACAUCCCUACGCAUACACAACGUCAGCAGAUAGCAUCAGCACAGAACAACGAUGAUUUUUGUAUCCAGACCCUUGAGCUCGUCUCUCGAGGAGAGUAGCCAGAUUUCACAGUUCAGGAUGAUAUCUUGUACUAUCGGGAGCGUAUGGUAGUGCCAGCGGGGGAGGUGAGGGAACGCCUGCUUCGCGAAGCACACAGCACCGU